CGAUCCAUGUUGAAGCAUAGAACUCUGAUGAUUCAUUUAAUAAUAUUUUUGGUUGGAGUUCUAGCCGCAGUUUUAUUCUCAGAGUCAUUGAUCACCAGCACUAGAGCAUUUAUUGAAUUUCGAAUUGGUGUUUACAAAGAAAACCGGUUUGGUAAUAUCUUUAGCCCUGUUGAGAACUCAGAUGGAUUCUUGAUCCCUAAUUAUAUUCAUUACAUCAGGAUAAAUCAAUCUGAACUCAGAUUCUUUGAAGCAGUGUGCAUGAAAUCUGCGUUUAUCAUCCAGCGCCCGGAGAAGUUAUUCGUGCAUACAACUGACCUGGAUCUAAGCGGAGGAUACUGGGACACUCUAAAGAAGAUACCAGGGUUUAAAGAAGCUCUGGUUGUCAAGAGGAUAAUUGAACCCGAUCAGAUUCAUGGCGUUCAGUUCUACUGGACUGCACACAAGGCAGAUGUCGUCCGAUUGCUAGUACUGAAGAAGUAUGGAGGAAUUUAUCUGGAUAAUGAUAUUUAUGUCAUUAAUAGUUUAGAUCAGUACAGGAGGUAUGAGUUUGUACUGGGUUGGCCUCCUGGAGAAUGGAUUGGAAAUAUGAUGAUGAUGGCGAACAAACAUGCAAGGUUCCUCUACCAUAUCCUGGAUACUUACAAGAUGUAUCGACCAGAUGUCUGGUAUUAUAAUGGAGGAGAGAAACCUGUAAAGGAGAUAUUAUCCCUGUAUCCUGGACUAGUACACAAUGAACCCCACAGACUAGGUGUAACUACAAAUAUAGCGCAUUUCUUCUAUGUGGAGAAGCAGCUGUGGGAUCCCGAGGUUUGGACAUUUUAUUAUGAUUCUUUACAUCUUCUCAUCGGACACAGACCAGACAUAGAUCCCAGGUAUGAUGAAUGCACAGAGUUCACAGAGGAAAAUAUCCGUUGGUUGGAUAUGAGCGUGGCCAUGAUGUUCCGUUACACGUGGUUCGGUUCAAUUCUACCAAUCAGCAAUCAAACAAAAAUCAAUAUGGCGGAGGUGAAUAGAAGGUGGAUUCAGAGCAAGGGAGAUCAUAGAUUCAUGUGGGACUGGGCUAAACAUUACUAUAAAUCUUCGUAGAUAAUUUAAUUUUUAAUUUUUGGAACUUAAACAUUAUAAGCUUAACAAGUAA